AUGUCUGUUAUUUACGGCAUCUAUGACCCCUUCUCUGAGCUCGACCGCCUCUUUGACAACGCGCUCGCCGCACGCUUUGGCGGUCCAGCUAGUCGGGAACAUCUGAAAGGCCAGGUCGACGUCCUUGAGGAUAGCGAGAAGAACACUGUCACGGCAUCGUUUGAGCUUCCCGGGUUGAAGAAAGAGGACGUCAACAUCGAGCCGCACGGCACCCGGCUCAAGAUCUCUGGAGAGACUAAGAUGGAGAGCGACCAUGAGGAGAAGGGGUACGCGGUGCGCGAGCGAUCAUACGGCACAUUCGAGAGGGUUUUGAGUCUCCCCAAAGGGGUUAAGGCCGAAGAAGUCAAGGCGGACAUGGAGAACGGCAUGUUGAGCGUCUGCUUUCCAAAGACGGCCGCCGAGCAAACGCCAAAGCGUAUCAUGGUGGUUUGA